AGAAGAAAGCUGGAGUUGCCUCCAUAUAGUAACCCAUUACGUACGGAUCUGUGAUGAUGCUCUCCUGUUGUCUGAUCAUAGCCGGAGCAACAGUGGUAGUCUCAUCCUCCAGUGGCCACAGCUUCGACGCACAUCUUCGUGGGCCGAGUUUCCUAAACGAACCAGCAUCAAGGGUGGAAUUCUCGAAUUCGAGUGGCGCUUGGCUUGACUGUGCGGCAACCGGAAGUCCCCAACCCAACAUUGACUGGUCGACUGUCGACGGAGUUCCGGUCGGCGACGUACCUGGUGUGAGGAGAGUCCUCAGCAAUGGCACCCUCGUGCUGCUUCCGUUUCCGGCCGCUGCUUACAGGCAGGACGUUCACAGCGCAGCUUACAGAUGUGUCGCUAGUAACUCUGUCGGGAGAGUUCUUAGUCGCGAUGUCCAGGUCAGAGCCGUCGUGGCUCAAGCGUACAAGGUGGAUGUGGAGGUGAUUGGAGGUGCAUCACGUGGCUGCACAGCAGUUUUACGCUGCGUAGUGCCUAGUUUUGUUAGGGAUUUGGUUCGAGUAGUGUCCUGGUUGCAGGAACCUGCCUUCUAUAUUUAUCCUUCACUACAAGGAGAUGGAAAAUUUCAUCUGCUGCCAACGGGAGAACUUUUAGUGCAUAGUCUGGAGUUCAGUGAUCAAUUUCCAGCGUACAGGUGUCGAACGAUGCAUCGACUCACGAGACAAGUGGUAGUCAGUUCCGUAGCCAAUGUUAGGAUAGCAGAUCAUCGAGGUGUGAUGCCUCCUGUGAUUCUAGAACAUUCUGGCGUCGUACACAUCGCUCAAGAUGAUUCAACCUCUUUAGUUUGUGUUUCGCAAGCAUGUCCUACUCCAGAAUACAGAUGGUAUGCUCAAACUGGGGCUGAACCUAUGUUGGUACUUCCUGGACCCAGAACUAGAUUACUUGGGCCUGUUUUGGCGAUUGAAGCUGUGACUUUGGAAGAUAAUGGAGUUUAUCGUUGUACAGCUGCCAAUCCUGGUGGUGAAGCUAGUGCAGAAUUAAGACUGGUAGUAACUGCACCUUUGCACGUAGAAGUGACCCCUGCCCUUUUGAGCGUCCACUUAGGAGGAAAUGCAGAGUUUAGAUGUGAAGUUGGCACCCAUCCUCAGGCUGGACCGCAUUUUGUUACGUGGUACAAAGAUGGUAGACAACUUCCAGGCACUGGAAGACAGUCAGAGUUACUGAGGCUAAAUGGCAUUGGUCGAGAAGAUAGAGGAAUGUAUCAAUGCAUUGUCAGAAGGUCUGAAGGUGACACGGCUCAGGCAUCUGCAGAGUUACAACUUGGGGAUGCACCACCGGUACUUCUCUACUCAUUUAUAGAGCAAACUCUGCAGCCUGGACCAGCAGUUUCCUUGAAGUGCUCGGCCGCGGGAAAUCCUACCCCUCAAGUUUCCUGGGCUCUGGAUGGUUUCCCUCUGCCUACCAAUGGAAGGUUUGUGAUAGGACAAUAUGUCACUGUUCAUGGGGACGUCAUUUCUCAUGUCAAUAUCAGCCACGUUAUGGUUGAAGAUGGUGGAGAAUAUUCUUGCACGGCCGAAAACCGAGCUGGGAAAGUGACUCAUUCUGCACGACUCAACGUUUAUGGUCUUCCAUACAUCCGCCUCAUCCCAAAAGUAACAGCCGUCGCUGGAGAAACUCUUCGAUUAAAGUGCCCAGUAGCCGGUUACCCAAUCGAAGAGAUCAAGUGGGAACGAGCUGGUCGAGAAUUACCAGACGAUCUGCGCCACAAGGUCGUUCCUGAUGGAACACUAGUAAUAUCCAGUGUACAUAAAGAAGUCGACACAGGUGCCUACACGUGCUGGGCUCGAAAUAAGCAAGGUCACAGCGCCAGAAGAUCCGGUGAAGUCGCAGUCAUCGUUCCUCCCAAAAUUAGCCCAUUCACGGCAGAUCGCGAUCUCCACCUUGGUGAACGCACUACCCUAACUUGUUCCGUGACAAGGGGCGAUCUACCUCUAUCGAUUUCAUGGUUGAAAGAUGGCCGCUCUAUGGGACCCUCGGAACGUGUCACCAUCACCAAUAUGGAGCAGUUCAGUAGCAUACUGAUGAUUGAAAGUUUAUCUCCAGAUCACAAUGGCAACUACUCUUGUGUGGCCCGUAACCUGGCCGCAGAGGUAUCGCACACGCAACGGCUUGUGGUUCAUGUGCCACCAAGAUGGAUCGUCGAACCCACUGAUGUGAGUGUUGAGAGAAAUAGGCAUGUGGCUUUGCACUGCCAAGCACAAGGUGUGCCAACUCCAACCAUUGUUUGGAAAAAAGCGACCGGUGGUAAAUCUGGCGAGUAUGAAGAGGUGCGAGACAGAGCGUACACGAAACUUUUUCCGAAUGGCACUUUAUUACUUCAACACGUUAAAGAAGAUCGAGAGGGUUUCUACCUUUGCCAAGCCAGCAAUGGAAUUGGAACUGGCAUUGGAAAAGUAGUGCAGCUUAAAGUAAAUUCCUCACCAUUUUUUGCGGCUCCAUCUCGCCUUGUAACUGUAAAAAAAGGUGAUACAUCCACCUUACACUGUGAAGUUCAUGGCGAUAAACCUGUAACAGUCACCUGGUUGAAGGGUGGUAAGAUUGAACUAAAUCCUUCAACUAAUUAUCGGGUGACGGUGAAGCAAGAAGUGACGCCCGAUGGAGUUGUAGCUCAACUACAAAUUGCCUCUGCUGAAGCUUCUGAUAGUGGAGCCUAUUUUUGUCAAGCUAGCAAUCUGUAUGGUCGCGAUCAACAGUUAGUGCAACUUAUUGUGCAAGAACCACCCUUACCACCGAGUGGACUAGAAACUGCAAUGGUUGCAAGUCGCAGCAUCAAUGUAAAAUGGCAGCAUAAAUCCCAAGACACGAGCGAAGUGACCAAAUAUAUUCUUCAAUAUAAGGAGGGAGAAGGUUUAUGGCAGCAACAAGAACUCACUGGACCACCUCUUUCUUAUGCUGCACUUAUUGACGAAUUGAAACCAGCGACAAGAUACACAAUUCGAGUGAUUGCAGAAGGGCCGGCUGGCAGAUCGGCACCAUCCGCUGAACUACUAGUGAGAACAGAACCUCAGAGACCUGCAGGUCCUCCUAUUAAUUUAGUGGCAAGACCACUCUCCUCCUCGGAAAUUUUGAUUACAUGGUCUCCUCCUCUUCCUGAACUCCGACAUGGCGAUGUCCAAGGUUUCAACAUAGGAUAUAGAGAAACUAGCUCUGGAAACCCAUCUUACAAUUUCACAUCGGUUUCUGGAGAUGGUGAGGAAGGUGGAGGCGAACUUCGUCUAUCAGGACUUCGACCUUACACCAGAUAUACUUUGGUUGUUCAAGCUUACAAUCAAGUUGGUUCUGGGCCCCUGUCUGAACCUCUUGCAACUCAAACCUUAGAAGAUGUACCAAGUACACCACCCGAAGACGUAAGAUGUGCAGCAUUAACUUCCCAAUCUUUACAAGUCUCAUGGCAACCUCCACCCAGUUCUCACACUAAUGGAAUUAUUCAAGGUUACAAACUUCAUUACGAACCAAUGUUGGCAGAAAGUUGGCGAGCUGUCGACGAAAUGGAAGUUCGGAAAACUAAUGCUCUAACAACCGUCUUAACGGGUCUGCGGAAAUAUACAAACUAUAGUAUUCAAGUUCUUGCGUUCACAAGAGUUGGCGAUGGAGUCCCGACUCGAGUCGCUUAUUGUCAUACUGAGGAAGAUGUUCCAGGCAGUCCAGCAGAUAUUAAAGUGGUUGUUAGUUCACCACAAGCCCUCUUCAUCUCAUGGCUACCGCCUCUUGAACCCAAUGGUAUCAUUACGAAGUACAAUCUCUACACUCGAGUCGUCGAUGGUCGGGAAGAACUAAACCACGGGAAAAGGACACUAACAGCGGCGAAUACCGUUUUCGAGGCAACUGGGCUCCAGCAGCAUGUCGAGUACCAAUUUUGGGUGACCGGAAGUACUCGAGUUGGUGAGGGCCAAAGUUCAAAGGUAGCGGCUCAAGUUCCCACAAAUCGAGUUCCUGCGAGAAUAACUUCAUUCGGCGGUCACGUGAUUAAACCCUGGAGAGGAUCGGCUACACUUUAUUGCAAUGCAGUUGGAGAUCCAACGCGAGAAUGGUUCAAAGGCAAUUCUGAACAGAUCCAUACUGAUUCAUCUAGAAAUGUUCAAAUCAUGCAAACUGGAGAACUAGUUUUAUCGAGUCUCCAAACUCAAGAUGGUGGGAAUUACACUUGCCAGGUGGAGAACUCCCAAGGAAGUGAUAGGCUGCAUUACACUUUGACUGUUCAAGUUCCACCAAAUUCGCCCGUCCUUUACGUAACAAGUUCUACAGCCAGCAGCAUUUUACUUCACUGGAAACAAGGUUACAAUGGAGGAGCUCCACUUACAGGUUACACUUUACAUUAUCGAACAACUCAUGGAAAUUUAGAUGAAUUGCAAUUAUCAAGAAGAGCUACGAGUCAUGAAUUGAAGGGACUUAUGUGUGGAAACACGUAUCACCUUUACUUAACAUCUUACAACAAAAUUGGAAGCAGUCCUUCUUCGCCGGUUCUUUCUGUAAGAACUCAAGGUCAACCGCCAGGAAUUCCACCAUCUGCAGCUUUCCUGGCACCGAAUUCAACGACUCUGGCUCUUCGCCUCCACGUAUGGCCAGAUAAUGGAUGUCCGAUACUUUACUUCAUCAUCCAGUACAGACCAAUCAACGAGUUCCACUGGACUUUGGUGUCCAAUAGUGUAAAGAUGCAUCGCAGGUUUAUCGUUACAAAUUUGGCACCGAGUUCAGUUUAUCAACUGAAAGUUGAAGCUCACAAUGUGGCAGGAAGCAGUCAAGCAGAAUUUACGUUUGUAACUCUAACAAAAGAAGGGGAACCUCCUCCUCCGGAACUUUCCAAACGAGGAUUCAUAGCAGGAAUACCAUUUUAUGCUGAUGUGAAAAUCAUCUUGCCGUUGUCGGUUGCUGCGGUCGCACUUUUCGCAGCUGCAGUCACUCUUUCUUUACGUUGGAAAAACAGAUAUUCGGGGGACCGGGUACCGAGACCGAUGAAGGAAUCACAGGAGAACCAGCAGAACGCCGAAACCCAGAGGGAGCGCUACUAUGCCACCAUCCACAAGGUGGCCCUUCAGCAGGCCAACUCAGGAGGACCGGAGAAGAUUCCAGAGACAGCGGAGGAUAUCUCGCCGUACGCUACGUUCCAGCUUUCGGAGGGGGGCGGGGGAAGCCUGGCAGGGCUGGGAAGUCUUGUAGGCGCGGAAGCCGCCGGGGGAGGUAUGCAUCCCAACAACACUCUCCUUCACAGCUUCAUGUACCACGAACACGCCAUGACGGAGGGGUGCGCGAGUCCUCCCCCUCAAGUGACGACAAUGAAGAGCGUGUCGUCACGACGACGUCAACAGAGGAAGCAGCAUACUCCGGGGGACGUCGAGACCGACGAGAGCGAGUCUGACCCGGAUCAAUUAACGAGCUCCCGAACGGAGUCUUCGAACCAACUGGAUGCAGGCAAAUUGAAACACAUUCGGGCUGUUUCAGAUUUCAUAUAUCACGGCACUUCGAGCACUUCCUCAGACAUCUCACCCAUGUCCGAGCAGAAGUCCUUGCCACGGAGGGGUCGAUCUAGAUGGCAUGUUCCCAGCAGGAGUUCUCUGCGCACACUACUGCCUCCAAUAUCCAUCGCGGAAACCGCCUUCGGUGGUAACCAAUCAAAUCAGGUGGGACAUCCACCAGGAGUCGAGCGGCCAGAACUUAGCGAAGCUGAAUGCGACAUUGACUCCUUGAAGAAAUUGAAACUUGGUCUCAGAAGUUCCCUUUGGUCGAGGCCAGGUGCCCAAAACAACCCCUCCUCUGAUUAUUCAAUAGCCGUUUAA